UAUUUUAUUUAUUUACAUUUCUCUCUCUCUUUCUGUCUUUUUUUGGAUUUUUAUUAUAUUUUCCAAUUAGUGUUUUGAUCAGUAUUCAGUUGGUAAUUGGGGCAGUAUCAUUUAUGGUCAUCCUCUUUCCCCAAGCAAAUCCAAUACCAAACUGAGAGAAACAAAUUACCCAUUUUUCCUUUAAAAAUUCCCCAAAAAAAUAUAAAUUAAAUAAUUCUAGAGAGAGAAACUAGAUAGAGAAAGAUGGGAUUGGGAUUUGGGGGUUUCAAGAGAGGAAACAUGCCCAAGUUGAACCCAGCAGCUGUAUUCUUUGCUUCUUCUCUCCUCAUCAGAUCCCAAAGAUAAUCUCGUAGAUAACUGGGUUUGCACCUUUGUGUAUAAGGAGCUUCGCUUUUUUGCCGUUAACCCACCAACUUCAAAGUCUUAGAAAUUUACACUUCAUUGAAAUUUGUUCAAUUGCAAGUCGAGUUGAUCCAAAUGUCCCACCUUUAUGUCAAUUGUCCUGCUAAUUGGAGUUCAAACGAUCAGCCUAUUUCUGAUUCCUUUUCGAAGAGCCUGACCUUGAAAGUGAAUUCUCCACCACAACUUCAUCUUCAUGCAAGGUCGUUAGGCUUUCAUUUGCAAGAUCAAGACUCGUCUUCAAGCCAAUCGACCCAGUCCAACCAUGAUGUGCCUGCUAAUGCUGGGACCAAUUCUCAGGACCAAUGCAUGUCAUCAGAAUCUGGCCAAGAAGUUAGCUGUGGUAAGAACAUUGGUCAAGUGACACCAGUUUAUUUAAUGGGUCAUCCUGAAGCUGCCUUCAGUACUGGUCAACUUGAUUACAACCAUGCCAUGACUUGCAUGCCAUAUCCUUGUGGUGAUCCCUACUACAAUGGUUUGUUGACAGCAUAUGGAACCACAUCUGUUAUUCAGUCCCAUAUGAUGGGUAUAACAAAUGCAAGGGUACCAUUACCUCUUGAUAUUGCUGAAAAUGAACCCAUCUAUGUCAAUGCCAAACAAUACCAUGGGAUUCUCAGGAGGCGACAGUCCAGAGCUAAGAUGGAGGCCCAAAACAAACUCAUCAAAGUUCGUAAGCCCUAUCUUCACGAGUCGAGGCAUCUUCAUGCACUAAACAGGGUCAGAGGCUCAGGCGGCCGUUUCCUAAGCCAAAAGAAGCAGGAACAACUCGACUCGUCCUCUGCAAAAGCAAACCAUUCAUUCUCAAGCUCAGACGCAUUUGGGCAUCAUGGCAAUAAUAACAUGGUAUUCGAACCCCACCAAUCACAAUGCAUGGCAUCAAGCACACUGAACAUCUCGAGUGGUGGUACUGCAUUCUUCCAGGAGCAAGACAUAGGAUUCUUGGGCAUAUCGUCUUCACACACCGGAGGAGCCAUGCAACGCAACGGAGGGUUUAUGAACACCCCGAAGCAGCAUCAGGCUUCAGUGGUCCAGUGAAGUAUGUCGGAAGAACAACCCAACAACUCGCGGACUAGGCAACUCAUCCUUGGCUUAUAAAAUAUUAGCCUCAUGCAGGCUGUUUUAAGUAUGUUAGUUGAUGAAAGAGUAAAAUGGAGUUUAUUCUCUCCUGUGUAUUAAAAAGGUUUCCAUAUGUUUCUGAUAUUUUGGAUCUUUGAUUGUGAAUUUGUCAUGUUACAUCAUGAUCUUUUAACAUUGUUGAUUUGGUAAACUUUCAUGUGUAUUUUGUCGUGCUCUUGUUAAUUACACAAAAUUUAAGUUCA